CGAAGCGUGCAUCAGCAAUCUCUACAUGACCCUGUGCUUAGCAACGCUGCGAGUGGCCUGCUCUUGGUGUCAAUCCUGAACUGCCUGGUACGCUCUCAGAUCAACAUUGAUACAAUUAUUUGCGAUGUCUGAAGUGCAGAGAAGCUCCUCGCCUGUCUCGGAAAUGGGGUUCCAACUGGUCGAGCCAUUCGCCCUCUUGCCGCCAUCUGCCAUUCCCAUCGUCCAGACGUCGACCCAGGCUAUUUAUGAGACCAAUCCUGACCUCCAAGGUGUAGUUGAUAUGGGAAGUAAUGGCAUCCGCUUCUCUGUCACUGAUUUGUCCUCGGACCGUGCCCGUAUCCUUCCCACCGUCCACGUCUACCGGGUAGAUAUUUCGCUCUACGAUGCACAGUUUGACCCAGAGACAGGGAAAAAGAUCCCCAUUCCUGCGUAUGUGAUUCAAAACGUCGUUGCCGCCCUCGUCCGGUUCCAAAUUGUCUGUGUGGACCUUAGGGUUCCAAAGGAAAAUAUUCACGUCGUCGCCACUGAGGCCACCCGCGGCGCCAUCAACUCGGCCGAGUUCAUCGAUGCAAUCAAGUCAGGGACGGGGUUGCAGGUCGAGCUUCUGAAGAAGGAAGACGAAGGCCGCAUCGGCGCUCUUGGUGUCGCCAGCGGCUUCUCCGACGUGCAAGGGCUUCUGAUGGAUCUCGGUGGUGGCAGCACGCAGAUCACCUGGAUGAUAUACCAAGGUGGUACUGUACGCAUCAGCGAGAAGGGUUCCUUCAGCUUUCCUUACGGCGCCGCGGCGCUGAGCAGGAGGCUCGACGAGCUUACCAAGGGCAAAUCAAAAAAGGAAGCCGACGAGGCUGUUGCAGGACUGCGCGAAGAGAUAGUUAGUAACCUAGCCGAUGCGUAUGAGAAGCUCAAGGUGCCGUCCAGCUUGAUCGACAUUGCGAGGGAGGAGGGCGGAUUUCCGUUGUACCUCUCCGGGGGCGGUUUUCGGGGCUGGGGCUAUCUCCUUCUAUAUAUGGAGCAGACUCACGGUCAACCCCACCCGAUAUCGAUCAUCAACGGCUACACUGUCGGAAAAAGCAGAUUCGAGGAUACCAAGGCCUUAAAGGAGAUUGCCAAGACCGCCCAUAGCAUCUUCCGCGUCUCUGACAGGCGGCGCAAGCAAGUUCCGGCCGUGGCGUUCCUGGUGAACGCAUUGGCGGAAGCCAUCCCCUACGGCAUUCAGAAAGCCCACUUCUGCCAGGGCAGCGUGCGGGAGGGAGUGCUUUUCAAGCGGCUGGGGCCGAGCAUCCGGCUUCAGGACCCCUUGGAGGUUGCCACUAGACAUGUGGCACCACCGUACAUGGGGGAGCUUCCCCCACGCGAGGUCCUUUUCAAGGAACUUCUUCGCCAGCUCAUCACGCCUGAGGAGGUAUGGUGGGCGGCAUAUCUGGGACGCAUUGGGUAUCUGAUUAGCCGGUUGUAUCCCUCUGGCAAGAUUGCCGAGGAGGAGCCGAGAGUUGUGCUAUUGGCAAAUUGGAUCUGGAAUAUGGGCUCUGCUGGCAACAAAGAGGGCGUGCGGUUGACCAUUUCAGUUCAAAAGGUCGAGUCCGAUCCCGCACAGCUUGCUCAGGCACUGCGAGACCAUGUGCGCUUUAUAGAGAAAGUAGGGAAAAAGAAGAACUGGAUUGGAGGAGAGAACGGUUGGGGCAUGAAGGUCCAGGUCGAAGUAGUAGAGGAAGACAUUGGAUAG